CCAGCAGCAGGAACAGCCGUAGCACCCCCAGCGAGAGCAACCUCUGCCCCCGCCUCAGUCCCAGUCCCCGGAGCCGGAGCCUCGGUCCUGUGUGAGUAACCCCGGGACCAGUCCCCACUCCCGCCGCCGCCAUGGGCUGCACGCUGAGCGCCGAGGACAAGGCGGCGGUGGAGCGGAGCAAGAUGAUCGACCGCAACUUAAGGGAAGACGGCGAAAAGGCAGCCAAGGAGGUGAAGCUGCUGCUGCUCGGUGCUGGUGAAUCUGGUAAAAGCACCAUUGUGAAACAAAUGAAAAUCAUUCAUGAAGAUGGGUAUUCUGAGGAAGAAUGCAAACAGUAUAAAGUAGUUGUUUACAGCAACACUAUCCAGUCCAUCAUUGCAAUUAUAAGAGCCAUGGGACGACUAAAGAUUGACUUUGGGGAAGCUGCCAGAGCGGAUGAUGCUCGGCAGUUGUUUGUUUUAGCUGGUAGUGCUGAAGAGGGGGUCAUGACUCCAGAAUUAGCAGGAGUAAUUAAACGGUUAUGGCGAGAUGGUGGAGUGCAAGCCUGCUUCAGCAGAUCAAGGGAAUAUCAGCUCAAUGAUUCUGCCUCAUAUUACCUAAAUGACUUGGAUAGAAUAUCCCAAACCAGCUAUAUUCCAACUCAACAAGAUGUCCUGCGGACAAGAGUGAAAACCACAGGCAUAGUUGAGACCCAUUUCACUUUCAAAGAUCUGUACUUCAAGAUGUUUGAUGUAGGUGGUCAGCGGUCAGAACGAAAAAAGUGGAUUCACUGCUUCGAAGGUGUGACAGCGAUCAUCUUCUGUGUGGCCCUCAGCGAUUAUGACCUUGUCUUAGCUGAGGAUGAAGAGAUGAACCGAAUGCAUGAAAGUAUGAAAUUGUUCGACAGCAUUUGUAACAACAAAUGGUUUACAGACACAUCUAUCAUUCUCUUCCUUAACAAGAAAGACCUUUUUGAGGAGAAGAUAAGAAGGAGCCCCCUAACUAUCUGUUACCCAGAGUAUACAGGUUCUAAUACAUAUGAGGAGGCAGCUGCAUACAUUCAGUGCCAGUUUGAAGAUCUAAACCGAAGAAAAGACACCAAGGAAAUCUAUACCCACUUCACUUGUGCCACCGACACCAAAAAUGUGCAGUUUGUUUUUGAUGCUGUUACAGAUGUCAUCAUUAAAAACAACUUAAAGGAAUGUGGACUUUAUUAAGUGGGAUGGAUAUUCAUAAAGGGAUUAUUGUGUGGAGUGUGAGAACCAGACUUCUUUUGCUGCCUGCUGGAGCAGCUGUGCAAGCAUGAACGGGACCAGAACAGGAAUGACAGCAGCAUGCAGAAUCUUCACAUUCUCUAGCACAAUCUUCUGGAAUAGGGAUCUCUUUAAUUGACAUGAGAUGCUAAAGUCAGUCAUUGGAAGCGGAGCAGCUUUAAAGUUGACUUGAUCAUCACAACAUGAGGGUUUCAAAAUCUCAGGCGUGUGUAGCUGAUGUAAAUUUGAGGUGCUGCGUUCCACAACUUCAAUAUGUAGCUUAUUCCUGUUUCUUUUUCUUUUAACAAACCACCCCUAGUCCGUUUUUAAAGUUUUUUUCAUCUAAAAAGUAUAACU